UCAGAAUGUUGAAGGCUAUAAGGUUAAUGACAAAUGACAAGUUAAAGAAGUGUCCUAUUGUUGAUGUUUAUUACUAGUGUCUUAUUAAUAUUGCAAAAUUGUUGAAUAAACAUCAAAAUGACAAAUUUCAAAGUAAUAACAGCAGAUUUCAUAAAUUGUCAUAUUUCCACCUCAAAAGGAGAUUCAGUAUAUAGUGAAAAACGGUUUCCCAAAGACUUGACAAUAUCAGACCUAAAAGUGAAGCUUGAGUUGAUGACUGGAGGAAGCUGUAAUACAAUGCAAGUUGAGGCAUAUGAUGAAAAUAACAAAUUGAUAUGUAAACUAGAGAAUAAUAAUGCCCUCCUUGGGUCCUACCCAUUGGAAGAUGGUGUGCGGUUACAUGUUAUUGAUCAAUUUCAAAUGCGCUUCAAUACAGCUCAAAGUGAAUUAGAUGAUGUUCCGAAAUUCGUACUACCUGAAGAGGAAUACAAUAAAAGGACUGAUACUGUUCGAUCAUUUCUACAGAAAAAUGAAUUGGGAAAGUAUAAUGAACAAAAUCAGGAAAAAAAGAGACAGUUGGAAGAAGCUGAAAAGAAAAUGGCAGAAGACACAAAAGUAGGUUCUAGAUGCAAAGUUACUGUUCAAAAUGCAGCAACUAGGUUAGGCACAGUUAUGUAUUCUGGAACCGUUGAUGGUUUGUCUGGUUACUGGAUAGGAGUUAAAUAUGAUGAACCAUUAGGCAAGAAUGAUGGAUCUUUGAAAGGUAAAAGGUAUUUUGAAUGUCCUGAAAAAUAUGGAGCCUUUGUAAAACCACUGAAUAUUACCUGUGGUGACUUUCCUGAAGAAAAUUAUGAUUUGAACGAAGAAAUUUGAACCCUGCCAUCAUUCCAAAAAUAUUUUUGAAAAAUCAAUUUAAAUGGGUUAUUUCAUAAAAUAAUUAUAUCUUUGUGAUGCUUUAUUUAAUUUUCUUUAUAUACACUUAUAAAAAUUAUAUGUAGCUUUGAUGAAGAUAAUUACUGUAACAAAUUUCAAACAGCACUUUUUCCUUAUCAAAUAUAGUAACACAUAAAUCUUUUUUUAAUCUCUAAAAAGUAUGUAUUCAAUAAAAAUCUGCUGAAAUCUA